AUAAUUAUUGUAUUAUUAUUAUUAGGCACUUACAAUCUAAAUUUUCAGAAUCAUAGAAAACGGAGCAUGGACAGUCGACGAUCCUCAUUUUUUAGAAAAUUUACAAACAUGCGUACUGUAAACGCAAAUUCAAAAGAAUCAUCGCCUAAGCCAAAUGUUGUUCGUAGACUAUUUGCCAAAGACGAAAGCGAUAUUGGGUCAGACUCCGAACAGGAUAGUUUCGUCACAAAUUUACGGCAUCCACGCAAUGAAGAAUAUAAAAUUUUGGAGAUACUCCCAACAAAAGACGGUAUGAUGAAAGAAGCUGGUUUUUCACAACAAGGAUUGGAUUUAUCGCAAUUUAUACAUCCGAAUUCAUCAGAAAUAGAAGACUGUACUUUUCAAGAAGGGGUAUCCUUAGUCCAAAAAAACUAUCCCACUCAAAUAACGAACUCACAAACAAGGGAUUUAGAACGGGCAGAAAUAUUCAAUCAUAAAGAUUAUCCUCUUGAAACAGGAGAACACGCUCAGAAAGGAAGAUCCUUCACCCAAGACAUACAUUCUACACAGCCAUUAUUCUCACAAACAGGCGAUUUAGCACAGGCAGAAAUAUGCAUCGAUCCGAAUAAUCCACUAGAAGACCACACUCAUAAAGAAACAUUUUUUGCUCAAGACAUACAUUCAACACAGGCAUCAAUCUCACAAACUGGCGAUUUGAUACAGGCAGAAACAUACUUACAUCAAGAUAAUCUAAUACCGAUACAAGUACAUGCUCAGGAAGAAAUAUCCUUCGUCCAUAACAUACAUUUUACACAGGCAUCAAUCUCACAAACAUGCGAUUUGAUACAGGCAGAAACAUACAUACAUCAAGAUAAUCUACUACCAAUAGAAGAUCAUGCUCAGGAAGGAACAUCCUUCGUCAAUAACAUACAUUCUAAACAGGCACCAAUCCCAUUCAAAAGUCAUUUCAUACAGUCAAACACGUUCAUAGAGCCGACCAUAAAUCAUUCAUUAACAGUAAUUUCGCGAUUCGACGACAAUUUGGAAGAAGAAGAAGCUGGUAAAAGAAAAGUAUAUGAAGAUAAUCAACAAGCAAGCACAUCUUUUGGAUCUCCAUCUUCUGAACUAUGUUUGAAGCAACCAUAUAAAAAACGAAGAUUAUACGAGCAUCUUAAGGAAAUGGACAUUUGUAUACAGCAAAUUAGGGAUGAAACUGCUUCUACUGAAAACUUAAACAACGCAACUAUAGUUAUUAAUAUUGAACCAGAAGAAAACAAAAAUGAGUAUGAAGAAGAGAUUGAAAAUAUUAAUACAACAAUAAACAAAGAAAAUGUAAAGAAUAAUCGAAUUUAUAAGCAUAUUGAUUUCUUGUCAGACAGUGACGAAUUUGUUUAUAGUUCGAGCACUGGACAGGAUUCAACAGAAUCAAAUGAUACAGACCGUGUUAAUGAAAAAAAGAAGCGUUUAAAGAAGAAACGUUUGAAUAAUUUUGACGAUACAAAAGAAAAUUCAGAGCCGAAAAAAAAAGAGCGAAAGAUUAAUAAAAACAAAGUUAGAAAACAAUUAAGAAAUAGUGGAAAGCAGUAUGUAUCUAUAACUGGCAAAGUUGUUGCAGAGAAGAGUAUGAAGGAUAACUUAUGUACACCUGAAAAUUGCCAUAAUGAAUGCUAUAAGAUUGGUUCCGAAAAAAGACAAGCUAUUUUUAAUCAUUAUUGGAGUCUAAGCACUGAAAGACGAAGAGAUUGGUUAGUGGGAAAUGCCAAGAGGACGACGAUUAAGAGGAAGCGUAUCAAAGAAGACCAAAGUCGUAGACAAUACACUUUUGAUUAUUUUAUUAAUGAAGGCGAAGGAAAAAGAAAAGUUUGUUUGAAGUUUUUAUUGAACACAUUAGAUAUAAAACAAAAAUAUUUAUAUAACAUUAUUACAGAAGCUGCAUACGGCUCAUCUAAAGACGAUUUACGGGGAAAGCAUGUUCCAGCAAAUAAAACACCAGAGAUCAUUGUAGAGGAAACAAGGAAUUACAUUAAAAGUUUACCAUAUUUACCGUCUCAUUAUUGCCGCAAAAACUCAAAACGAUUUUAUCUGCCUCAAGAAUUUCGAAAUAUGAGUAAUUUGUAUAAAAUUUACAAAGAAUCUAUGAUACGCGAAGAUAAAAGAUUAAUAGGAGAAAGAGUUUUUCAGAAGAUAUUUCAAGAAUAUAAUAUUGGUUUUCAUAUACCUCGUAAAGACAAAUGUGCUAAGUGUGUGCGUUUCGAAAAAGAAAAAGGAGAAAAAGAAGAAGAGAAAUUGGCUCAUCUGAAAGACAAAGAGGAGACUUAUGAAAGAUUUCAAGCGCAUCAGAAAAUUCAAAAUGGAAACAUACUUUGCGUAUCUUUUGAUUUACAGAAAGUUCUGAAUACGCCGUAUGGCCAAAGUAUGUUACUGUAUUACAGUCGCAAAUUGGCUGUAUAUAAUCUAACUUUUUACGAAUCUGGAACUAGAGAAGGCUACUGUUACACUUGGACGGAAACAGAAGGAAAACGCGGAGCUAACGAAGUGUGCACUGUCUUAGAAAAAUACAUCAAGAUGGUGGACGGUCGUGGCUCUAUCAAACAUCUUCUGUUUUACAGUGAUGCCUGCCCCGGACAAAAUAAAAACAAAAUCGUCCUUGCUUGUAUCCAUAUUUGUCUACAAAAAUGCAAGAAUAUAACUAGCAUCCAAAUGAAUUAUCUCUUGCCCGGACACACUUAUAUGCCAGUGGACUCAAUGCAUUCUGUUAUAGAAAAAAGUGUUACAAACACAAUUGUUUGGGCACCAUCUCAAUGGCCGACAGUGUUUAAUUUAGCCCGAAAGAAUCCUAAGCCCUAUCAUGUGAAUGUCUUAACAUUUAAGGAUUUUUGCGGCUGGGAUAUUGUCGCAGAUAAAUACUUUAAGGGAAAUCUGACGGGAAAAAUAUCGAAAGUGCGUACAGCGACAUUUAAAAAAGCUGAACCACAGAAGAUGACAGUUAAAUAUACAAUGGCGACGGAUGAAGCAAAGGAAAACAUUGAAAUAAUUAAUAAAAACAAAAAUCUACAACCGAAAAAUAUUUACAAGAGUCGCCUACCUAUAUCAAAAAAGAAAUACGAAGAUUUAUGGAAACUUUGUACAACAAAAAUAAUUCCUGAAAACUACCAUCAAGAAUAUGCAAAUUUUCCAAAUGCCAUGAAUAUCCAGGACAGCCUUCAAGAAACGGAUGUCGAAGACAACGUUUAAUUACAAAAAAUGGCAACAAAUUAAAAUUCUAAUUAUUAUUAAGUUAAAUAAUAUUUUUUAUACCUAAAAUUUUAUAACUAUGAUUAUUUCAAAAUACUACAUAAAUACAUAUUCUUCAUACGGGUAUGAAGGAUCUAAUUAUGCAUCCUAAUUGAUUGAACUUUUCGUAAAUGAUACCAAAUAAAGCUAACAUUUGUGAUUAUUAUAUUUUACUUUAAAUGACAUUGUUUAAGUUUUUUUUUUAUCAAGUAAUAAUUAUUUAAUAAGAAGUUUAAGACAAGACUGAUUAAAAUAACGUUUUUUUUUUCAAUAAAGAUUAUUACGAAACUGUGUACAUUUUGUUUUAAAACCAUUAUAUUUUUUUGCGAUAUUAUGUGAUUAACCUAUUAUGGUUUUUUUAGCGUAGAUAUACCUAGAACUACCUGGAUGAGACCUCGCGCGACUGCUAAUAAACAGGAUUGAGUUAUUUUGUUGCCACUUGUCUAAUUUACUUAAU